UCCUCGUUGAGAAAAAUGGCGCAAGUUAUGGCUUAUAUCUUACCUUUACUGUUAGGAAGGACAUUUGAUAUGGGUAAAGGUAGAGUUGGAGUUGAUAUUUUUCCUUUAAAUGUCGUAGAUAAUCCAACGGUAAUUAAUAAGACAUUUACGGAAACUCGCCAUAAAUUUGUUGAGAAUACAAUAGAAGCCAGAGACUUUUUGGAAGUGGAAGGUUCCUUUUCGCUAAAAAUCAAAGGAGGAUUGUUUAAUGCCGGUGCUUCUGGAUAUUAUCUCGGAGAUAUUCAGAAUAGAGAGAACGGUGUGGAAAUGUUGAUAAAAACCCACUACGAAACGGUAACAGAAACAUUACCAUCCGAUGCUGUUCCUAAACUAGGUUGGAAUAAGAAUCCAAAAGUUUUAGGUACUCAUUAUGUUAGGAGCAUCACUUACGGAGGGGAGUUGAUAGUCUCUGUGUUAAUAAAAUGCAAAAGUACAAGAGACAAAAAGCACAUCAAGGGCGCCAUCGAUGUCGGUGGCAGAGUUGCAGGAUGGUUAGAUUUAGAAGUGGAAGUCGAAGGAGAAUACAUGAAAGACAUCGCAGACAUGGUCGAUUCUAUGGAGAUUAAGUAUUACAGUUCCAUACCUGUUAGUUUCGUUCCGAGUUCCAUGAAAGAUUUGCAUAAACUAUUAGAUGUUUUUCACGAAGAUUUAGCUAAAUUUAAUAAUGGGAAAGGUGUACCUAUAAGAGUAGAACUCGUCCCCUUGAGUGAACUUGAUUCUAAACUUCCGAAGUUUUUCAAAAACAGUGAUGUAGAAGGAAAAUUGGAUAACGUAGAAGGCCUGUUGGACGAUUUAUUGACCACUCGUACAGCUUUACACAACUGGUUACAGAACAUCCCUCGGAGCCUUGACGAAAAAGACGAAGUUGAGAUAGGAAAGUUCAGUGACGAUCUAGAUUACGUAAUUCUGGAAUUCUUUAAAGUAAUUGGAGAUUUGGAUGUUCAGAGUAGUCCACAGCAAUUAAAGCCAGCCGUUGAAGCGUAUAACAGUAAAGUCGAUAUGCUAACCCUUCGCGCUUAUUACGAUGCGUACUUGCGAUUGAGGCAACGAAUAACUCGAGAUGCUUCAGUUUUUAGUUGGAAGCCUUUCGGAGGGACUGGAGAUACGUACACGCAUUGGGGAGGUAAUAAAUGUUACGGAAUCUGGCCCGAAUUGGUUAUGGAAGGCAUCACCGCUUCCUCGUCUCGAGACUCUUCUGGAGGAUUGGCUAAUUUCCUUUGUCUUCAGGAAAGUCCCGAAUUAGGAAUAAACGGAAGCGAUCUCGACACUCCACAAGUGAAGAAAGUAAAUUUCGAGAUGUAUAUUGUUAAAAAAGACAAGACGGAAGUGGAAACAAAAAAAGGAAUCGCACGUUGCGCUAUCUGUAGGUUACCCGCAGCAGGAUCUGUGGUCACUUUUCCAGGACGUAAACAUUGUCCUUAUCAUUGGACCGUGGUUUACGAAGGAUAUUUAGUAGGAAACGGGAAGAGAAACAAUUUAAUUUGUAUGAAUCGUAAAUCUAUCGAAAGCGAUGUGGACAAUGAUACGAAUUGGGGAAAAUUGGAGAAUUUAAUAGUUAGCAGAGAAGAGAAACGUUAUUACGUUCCUUGUAUCGUAUGCUCGAGUUAGAUGCUAGCUCUAUAGUCUGCCAGCCGUUUCGAUUUUAUGUAAAUCUUUAAGAGAAGUGAAUGUAUUUGGCUUUAGUUUGUUGAUUAAAAAUAAAUAAAU